UUCCUAUUUGCCUUUCAGGAUGAUUGUCAAUGGCGAAGUUGUCAAAAUAAUGGCGUCUGUGUAUUCAUUAAGCAACAUUAUGCAUGCUCUUGUGAUGUACCAUGGACGGGGAGCUUCUGUGAAACAAAGAUUGGUAAGUUUUUUCAAUGUUUUGUUUCUCCCAAAGAAAAGCCAAGAUCUGAAUAGUUUUCCACUCACCUUCAGCCGCGCAAAUUUGUGGAAGCAAAAGAAAUAACUAUAUAUGUGAAAAAUCUCACAAGUUGCUUGAUUGAAAAAUGGGUGCAGUUUAUUGUGUAAUUACACCAAUUUGGUCGCUGUGAUGUCAUGUGACAACGCUCUCAUCUCGUGCCCAGGUACUACCGAGUUUAACUGUAGCUGCUUGGAACUGAAAGGGCACGAGACUGAAAACGCUUCACAUACCAAUUCAAAGAGAAACUAUACGGUAGCGCUUCAUCCACGGUGACUUGUUCUUACGGGGGGCCUCUCCUUUUCUAACCUUCGACAACUGAACAGGCUUUUGAUGAUUUUAUUUCUAAUCGUGAGAAUAAAUAAAAUUUUCUUAGUGUAUAAAGCACUUAUACGGUAGAUUGUUAUCAAAUAAAUUGAUUAUAUUUCUGUUAGUCUGGUACAAUUUUACAUCGCUGGGUGCGAACGGAAGAAAUGGCCCUGACAGCAACGCCGGUUAUAAAGGAACUGGACUCAGGGACGUGCAAGUGAACAAUGGAAAACAAGAAUGGAUUGUACCAUUUACUGGCAGAUUUCAAGUGGAGGCAUGUGGAGCGUCCGGUGGGGAAGGGCUUGCUCACUCAAUGGUUGUAAAUGGAGGUAGAGGGGCUAAAAUUAAUGGUACUGUUAUGUUAGAAAAAGGAGUCAAACUUGUCAUACUUGUUGGACAAAAAGGCUUGUCUUCAGGUGGGAAUUACCCAGGGAGUGGUGGUGGGGGAUCCUUUGUUGUUUAUUCUCCUCAGAUGAGGCCUCUUCUCGUAGCUGGUGGGGGAGGGGGUGGUCAUUCUCUAGAUGGUCUUCCUGGUAAUAAUCAAGUCAAUGGGAGCGGCAACGCUUCCGGCAGUAACGGAGAAGGUGGCCUAAUUUGUGCAGAUAGUAGCGAGGGAGAUACUCUCGACUCUGGAUCGGGAGCUGGGAUUAACGGAAGUGGAGGAUGUUUUAAAAGACCAGAUGCGCCUGCUGGAGAGGUGUGCUCAAGGAAAGACUGUAACGAAGGAGGAAAAUCCUUUUUUACAGGAGGUAACGGGGGGUGGGCAGCAGGUUGUGAUGGUGGCUUUGGUGGAGGAGGAGCCUGUACUUUCUUCGCUGGGGGAGGGGGUGGAUAUUCAGGAGGUGGAAUCGAUUAUGAUGCGGCGAAGGGAGGGGGAGGAGGGUCCUAUGUGGAAAACGCAACUUGGAGUAUCACUAAGGGAGGUUGCAAUGAGGGGGAUGGUUAUGUUUCAUUUCACAAUGUAGACUGA